AUGGUCUUGAAAUUCUCUGUGGCACUGACGAUGAAUUACCACGAAGAAGCGACGGCGUGCGCUGACAGUAUCUCUUUCCUCUAUGUUUUGCAUCCAGUCCCUCAGCAGCCGUUCGCGCAUGCGCUCGAUGAGCCCAUGAAGCAAGGCCCCGAAGACUAUGUGCUUCCUUUCAAGAAGGAGCGUGAUCUGGCCAGUACUCUGGCAUUUUUGUCGAGCUUGAAAACGGAUCCGAAUCGAAUUCCGGCGCUCUCUGUCAGGGAGAACCAGAAGAAGAUGCAACUGGAGGUGAUGGUUGCUGCGAACUCGCAAAAGCCUGGAGACAGCCUCAGAACGCUCGAGUUUAUCAAAGAAGGCCUGGACAGGAUACUAGGUGCCGUUUCACAGUCAAUCAAAGGUCAGUCCAUGAGAAAGUCAAAUAACGAAUCGGAUCUGAACACAGCACGCGAGCGUCUCAGGUUCAACCAGCAGAGAAACCAACGCCAGCCUCUCAAGCCACUCUUACAGAAUGUCGCAAAGCUACUCGGACAAUCCACCGAAUUUGUCAGCAGAGCGAAACGCUUGAUCGCCGCUAUUGAUGCGUGGGAACGGCAUCAGGUAGAACGGCGACUUCAGAACGUGGUCGAGCAUGUUUAUGCGCUGUCUCAGCUUGAGAAUUUGGCUAUUCUGAUACGGACUAUUCCAAAUCGCGAUCUGGAUCCAUGCUCUAAGGAGAACUUGAUCAACAUCGUCAGAAAGGUGGCGAGAUACAAAGAUUCUGCUGGACUAUUGCAUCGGACGGCGUCAAGGUUCCCGAUAGCUAGGAAGUCCUCGGUUACCACAGUCACAUUGCCCAAUCAAGCUUAUCAGAGAAUCGAUGCAUCGAUAGCUUCGCCGAACUUGGCCUCGACGUUGACAAGAAUACGGGGAGGGAAUGCAAAGGUCGCCAGUAAAAACGCCAAAGCAACUGUUCGUCAAAUGUGUAGGCUUCUAGGAACGACAGAAGAGGAGGCAAACGCAGAGUUCACCGCAAAGAGGAAACAGAUACUCGACAAAGCAAAGAUUCACGCCGAGGUUCAGUUGGUCUACCACUUGGAGGUAGCCAAUGUGCGCCCUCGCCCGAGGGUAAUAUGCUCGAGCAAAGACGCAUGCUACCUGUGCAAUUUGUUCAUUGCAGCUCACGGGAAGUUCCACACCCCAAAGUGCCACGGGAGACUAUAUCCAGGAUGGAAGCUUCCACUGUGGCCACCGAGUUUGGUCGACACCCGUGAAUUCAUUACACGCGUCGAAUCACAAGUGCAGGACAGCAUUGGACUGAUGCUCGCGCGACAGAACAGGACAGUAUACCAGUAUCCAAACGAGAGCACCGUCCUCACGAUAUUGAACUCGAUCUCGACUCCAAGUCGCGCCAAUAGCCUACUGUCCGUUACUCCUCCGCCUAUUUCAGGCACUCAAAACGAUGACACGAGUAUCUGUGCCUCCCAAAGGACAACAGGAGUGUGUGAGAAAGUAAUCCCACCUCGCCGGGACGCCAAUCUGGAAACCAUAGACGGGUCUGGGGAGAAGGCAUUAAGCCGUCAGAAGCACAUGCUCGCUCAAAGCCAGUCAGUGGUGGGGACCAUCCAAGGAAAUUCCAUUCCCUCGGUUCAUUCAUCCCCACUAUUCACCUUACAAGUGGAAUAUUCGGUAGGGCCUGGAGGACCACUUGGUGGUGGUAGUGGUGAACUGGCUGGUAUUACAUACAACCUGACCUGGCUUGACCGAACUGAGGCUGAAAAGAUCCGGCAAACUGGGAUGGGGAAGAUCAUUGACUGUGAUAAGAUAGGUGGCGAGAUAAACAUUGAUCCUAAAGCCUUGCAAGGACUGCAUCUGUCCUCUGGGCAAAGCAUUUUUAGGUUUGAUCUGCUAUAG